AUGCCAGGACACGUUCAUCACUCCGCUCCUCCCCAUAUCAAACGGCAUUACACGAUGAGGAAAUCGCCUUAUCUCGUUUCCCUCAUCUUCCUGCUGGCUGCUACGACUCUGACAUUACUGAACAUCUAUGUACCAAGCUUGUUACAUGUUAUCGUGAGGAACCCUGGUCCCACUCAAUUCGAGACUAGAUACGGAUUGUACAGAAGAUGUACUCGAUCGACACCCGUCCCUAACGCAGCAUUUCUCCAACCCUCUCAUCCACCUUCAUUGACGACUGAUCAAGUGUUCAGCGGAUGGGAACUGGGACCAGUGAAUGGACCGGUAUACGGUGAAGGUGACGGAUGGGUUUGUCAAGCUUUCCCUACAAGAUCCGAAUGUGAACAGUUCGGCGAGAAGUUCUGCGUUUUGUGGAGUACUGCGGGAUAUUCAGCUCAAUUAUCUUUGGUACCAUGUUUAGCAAGUUUGAUCAGCUUGUUGUUCAUCUUCUUGCAUCGAGGUCAACGAACUGCUAGAGCCAAAGCAAGAAGACAACAGUGGAAGCUCGUCUCUGGAACAAUGUUGAUUCAUUGUAUACUCCAGAUCCUCUCGAUCUCUUUGAUCUUGCAUGUUUUCAGAACUGAUGAGAGGUUCGAAGCUAAGGGUAGUCAUCUUGACCAAUCAUUUUACUACGGUGUGAGCUCAGCAAUUGUAUCAGGCAUUAUGGCCUUACUACUCACAUUCACCGCACUUGCUGCUCGUGCCGGCAAACCAUGGGCGGCAGGUAAAUCCGCACGACACGCCAAGAGACACCGACGAACUCGUUCAGGAAGAGUUAUCGCUGUUCCACCCGGAACUGAGAUUCCACCUGAAGAAGUCGUCACUGUGGGAGAGGUCAGAGCUGCUCAGGAGGCUGUGGGUGAGACUACGGGAUUGUUGAGUGGACACGAAGUUGAGGUGGCUGGUGGAAGAGGCGGAGAGAGAGCUACGGAUGGGGGUGUAUAG